AUGCGCGCGGCGGGGCUGAGCGUCGCGCUCUUCGCGUCGCUCGUUCGUCACCGCGCGCAUCACGGCGUCGCGCGGCGCGUCGCGCAGCGCGCGCGGAGGGAAGGAGGAGGAGGAGGGAUCCGAUGCGCGACGACGGGCGAAAACGUCGCGGCCGCGUCGACGUCCGCGACCGCGUCGUCGUCGUCGUCAUCGUCGCCGCCGCCGCCGCUGCGGACGUACUACGCGGACUGGGCGGAAGUCAUCCUCCCGGACAACCACCGGUUCCCGAUGGAGAAGUACAAGGCGACGCGGCUGCUGCUGGAAGCGGACGCGAGCCUCGCGGGGAAGCUGGAGCUGUUGCCGUCCCCGGCGCUCGACCUGGCCGACGUCCUCGCCGUCCACGAAUCUGGCUACGUCGAUCGCGUGCUGCGUUGCGAGCUCACCGAGAAGGAGACGCGCGCGAUCGGCUUCCCGAUGCAUCCGUCGAGCGUCACGCGCUCGCUCGCGUCCACGGGCGGCACCGUCGCGGCGACGCGCGACGUGUUGGCGCCGAACACGGCGCACCGAUGCGCGGCGCAGAUCGCGGGGGGCACGCACCACGCGUUCGCGGACGCCGGGGAGGGGUUUUGCGUCUUCAACGACAUCGCCGUCGCGGCGACGAUGGCGCUGAGAGAGUACGACCACCUGCUCAGCGCGAGAUCGAAGACGCCGAUACUGAUCGUGGACCUGGACGUGCACCAAGGGAACGGCACGGCGAAGAUCUUCGAGGACGACCCGCGCGUCGUGACCUUCAGCGCGCACGGCGAGAAGAACUACCCUUGGAAGACGAAGAUGAGAUCCACGCACGACGUGGAGCUCCCCGACGACGCGUCCGACGACCAGUGCGUGAAAGUCUUCGAGGAGUGGAUACCGUUUCUGUUCGAGACGUACGACCCGCAGCUCGUGUUCUUUCAGGCUGGCGUGGACGCGCUGAGGGACGACGCGUUCGGGCGGCUGGGGAUGUCGCGAGAGGGGCUCCUGCGACGAAACCAUCUCGUCUACGACGCGUGCUUGAGAAGAGGAAAAGCGCGCGGAGGAGGAGAGGAAAAGCGAACAGGAGAGAGAAGCGCGCACGUGCCGCUGGUGGUGACGAUGGGGGGGGGGUACUCGCGCCCGCCGGACGCGAGCGUGCGCGCGCACGCGGAUGUGUUCCGGUCCGCGGCGUACCGAUACGCGGUCGGCGCGGUGCGGUAGCGGCGACGCGCGGAGUGGAGUACACGCGGCGAGCGGAGCGGCGCGGCGCGGCGCCGUCGUGAACGAUGAAUGGAAUUGCAUUAUUAAUUCAAGCGCGAGCGUUACAGGU